AUGGGCGAAUCAAACGAUGAUAUAGACCAAAUGUUCAGCAAUUUGCUGGGAGAGAUGGAUCUUCUGACCCAGAGUUUAGGAGUUGACACUCUCCCCCCUCCUGACUUCAAAGCACCCAGAGCCGAAUUUAACUACAGUGUCGGUUUUAAAGACUUAAAUGAGUCCUUAAACGCACUGGAGGACAAGGAUUUGGACGCUCUGAUGGCCGAUCUGGUGGCGGACAUCAGUGAGGCUGAGCAGAGGACAAUCCAGGCCCAGAGAGAGUCCUCCCAGAAUCAGCACCAUGCAGCAUGUCUGGAAGCACCGGAUUUCGACAGUGCAGCCUCUCUUGGAUAUGAAGCAAACACUGCUGCAACUGGCGUUUACCAAUACGAGGACGAUCUACCACCCCCACCAGCUGAUCCCAUGUUAGACCUUCCCCUUCCUCCACCACCUCCUGAGCCUGUGUCCCAGGAAGAAGAAGAAGCACAAGCCAAGGCUGAUAAAAUUAAGCUGGCCUUGGAGAAACUGAAGGAGGCGAAGGUUAAGAAGCUGGUGGUCAAGGUGCACAUGAACGACAACAGCACCAAGUCUUUGAUGGUGGACGAGCGGCAGCUGGCCCGCGACGUUCUAGACAACCUUUUUGAGAAGACUCACUGUGACUGCAACGUGGACUGGUGUCUUUAUGAGAUAUACCCGGAACUACAAAUUGAGAGGAUUUUUGAAGACCAUGAAAACGUUGUUGAAGUCUUAUCAGACUGGACAAGAGACACAGAAAAUAAAAUACUAUUUUUGGAGAAAGAGGAAAAAUAUGCUGUAUUUAAAAACCCCCAGAAUUUUUACCUGGACAACAAAGGGAAAAAAGAUGGCAAAGAAGCAAGCGAGAAAAUGAAUGCUAAGAAUAAGGAAUCCUUACUUGAGGAGACUUUCUGUGGAACCUCCAUCAUCGUGCCAGAAAUUGAAGGAGCUCUUUAUUUGAAAGAAGAUGGAAAGAAGUCCUGGAAAAGACGUUACUUUCUUUUACGGGCUUCUGGAAUUUAUUAUGUACCCAAAGGAAAGACUAAGACCUCCCGAGAUCUGGCUUGCUUUAUACAGUUUGAAAAUGUCCACGUUUAUUAUGGGACUCAGUACAAAAUGAAAUAUAAAGCUCCCACUGACUACUGCUUUGUUUUAAAGCACCCUCAGAUUCAGAAGGAGUCCCAGUAUAUCAAGUACCUGUGCUGUGACGACGCAAGAGCCCUGAACCAGUGGGUCACGGGGAUCAGGAUCGCCAAGUAUGGAAAGACCCUCUAUGAUAACUACCAGCGGGCCGUGGCCAGGGCUGGACUUGCCUCCCGGUGGACACACCUGGGUCCUGCCAACCCAGCUCCGCCGGCGCAGCCUUCCACAGGACCUAAAACAGGUGCCAUGCAGCCCAACGGCCAGCUCCCCCAGGCCACCCCCUCCGUGAGCUCCAUCCUCCAGGAGGCCCAGGGACACGCUGACACCACCAAGGAUAAGAAGCCGGCCCCGGGGACCCACCACCCGGGGGCGCCGCGGGCCUGUCCGCUCCCGAAGGCCAGCCUGCCCCCGCCGCCCCCCGUGCGCCGAUCCUCGGACGCCUGCGGCCCCGGGACCCCGGCCACGGCCCCGGGCCCCGGCUUCCCCGCGCCCCCCGACGACCUCCCGCCGCCGCCGCCGCCCGAGGAGGACGCGCUGCCCCCGCCGCCCCCGGACUUCCCCGAGGCGCCCCCGGACUUCGUGCCGCCCCCGCCGCCGGCGUCCGAGCGGGACGCGGGGGACUCGGGGUCUCCUCUGCCGCCGCCGCCCCCGCCGGCCCCGCCGGCCCCCGUCCCCGCCGCCAGGAAACUGCCCCCCGCUGUCCCCCAAAAGUCGCCCGUGCCCCCGAGCAGGCAGGAGAACCCGGGACCCCCCCGAGGGGGAGGAGGCGGGGAGCAGGACUUCAUGGCGGAUCUGAUGCAGGCGCUGCAGAAGAAGCGCGGGAACGCGGCCUGAGCGCCUGCGCCCGCGGCCGCCCCAGGGUGCUUUUGCUGCUCUUUCUGGGACUCCUUGCUCAGCGCCGCUGCACUGCCCAGGGGCUCAGACUAGGGGUGAGGCGGCGCUUCUCCGGUUGCUCGAGAGCAGUCAUAAUCAUUAACCGAGCACAGAAGUUAGGAUAUCCGCCUGAGUGUACGUAUCUGUUCUAUGUAUUUUCACUUACAUAGAUUUUAUCUUCCCUUCCAACUUAACUAAAAUGUUUUAUGUUCCUUCAUUAUAUUAUGUUCAAAAGCACCAAAUUAAGAAAUGUUAUGUUUUCCUGGAGGUGGAAUUUCUAGCAAUAAUUGUAUAAAUCUAAUGCGAAAUAAAAACUAAAUGUUUUAUAAUGUA